CCGGCGCGUCGUCGCAGCACGCUCACACAUCGCCGUCUUGCCCAGGUCCACUAUGAAGUGCUGUUUGGUGAUAUCGACGCUCGUCGCGGCCGUCGCCGCCCAGGGCGUGCUGCCACCCGUCGUCAACAAUGGCGACACCCUGUACCGUGACGAGGUGCCGAGGCGAAUCCGGCCGGCAGACAAGCCCAAGGUGGAGAACCCCGAGGACUACGACGUCUACUUCGACCCGAACCUCAACUACAACGGACCGCUCGUGGCUGCGCCCAUCCUGGAGCCCAUCCAGCCCGCCAGGCCCAAGUUUGUGCCCAAGCCCUUCGUGCCCCGCGAACGCAAGCAGGUGAAGAAGCUGCAGCCCUGCCGGACCGGUGCUGUACACGGCCCCCGAGGCCAGCUACGGCAUGAGUGA